GCGAUGCUGUGCAAGGAUGGCUACGACUCGGUCAUCAAGGGAUGCAUCCGCAACCGCAAGAACGCCGCCGAGACCGUGCAGUCCACGGGCAUCGUGGAGUUUGUCAAUGAGAUCAACGAGGAGUACGAUGAGGAGAGCAAAAGGUUGGGCACCGCCGCUGGAGGCCCCAGCACUGCAGAUGAUGACCCUGGCACCGGCGGCGACGCCGCGGGCUCCAGCGGCGCCGCCGAGUCUUUCGGGGCCUCCGUCGUCGAGGAAAAGUUCCAGAAGCUCGCCAAAGGUGCCGAAGACGACGACCGCAGCAAGCUCAACUAUUACCGCCAGUAUGCGAAUACGCUGGUCAAGACGCACUGCAAGUUCAUCGUGGAGCCGUCCAGCGAGAACGAUCUGGCCAAGAUGAUCGCUGCGUCCACGGCUGGCCAGAUGAGAGGGGACUCCCAGAAGGGCGAGUACGUCGGCAUCAUUUACGACGUCAGGACUUCUGGAGAGACGAUCACUUGCCCAAAUCAUCGCAUCCCAAGUUUCCGCCAGCCCCACCACAAGAAGCUCAUCAUGGGCAUGGUUCGCUCCAGGGGCUUGGCAGGGAUCCACGACGGGGACUUGUACUUUAACUUCGAUGGUGGGAAGCACGGGAACUCCACCCCCAUGUUAAACAACUUCGCUGACGACGAUGGGAGGAUGUCGAAGGAGGUAUUCGAAGUGUUCGUCUGCUUCACAGAGGCUAGCAUCGUCGAGCGGUAUCGCAAGCAGUCCUCAGGUAUGGUCCAGCAGGAGGACCAGAUGCAUAUCGUCAGCCGUUACCCCGUGAACCUCAACGGCCGCGCGGGGAAGCACUACCCGGGGACGAACCGCGGGUCGAUCCUGUGCCAGGUGAGUUUGCAGUCCUACAAGGACCCCACAUUCUGGAAGCUCUCGGCCAAGGACAAGAAAGCUAUUUUCGGGAAGGACCACCGCAUUGCG